CGCCAUUUUAGCACACGGAAAGCAAGAGCUUGAAAAGUUCUGCAGAAGAUUUGUAUUGUUGUACACAGUAAAGUUGUCACUAUGGCUUCCACAUCAACGAAGAGGGGAGAAGGCCUUAAUGGAAAGCCCUUGCGAGUGAAAGUCGUUGCCAGGGCAGAAGUGACCAAGUACAAGGGACAGGGAGGGGACGAGAAGCUAUGUUUAUGUGUGGCAGUGAGUGAUGGAGAGGUUUGCCAGCAAGCAAAGAUAUAUGAAAAGAAACAUUUCACGCGCUUCUCCCGCGCUUCUCCGUUGGAACAUCCCUUGUGUUAAGGGAUGUAAUCAGAAGGUCUGAUGAAGGUGGCUACCUAGUGGUAACAAAGUUCACUAAGGUCUUUGUCACCAGUGGAGUGGAAGUGCCUGCAGCCCAUGAGGAGAUGGGAGUGAAGCUGCUGAAUCCACCGCCAGCCAAGCAGGUGACCCUUACUGAGGCACUGAAAUCGCCACAGAAGGAGAAAAUUUCUGUAACUGGAAUGAUCGUGCAGGAAGAAGCAGUCAAAACAGUAAAUGUGAGGGGUGAGGAUGUACCAAUAAAGGUCAUCAUUUUGGAAGACACUUCAAAGGCAAAAGCAAAGGUCUCGUUGUGGCGUGAUGCCAGUAUGUCGCCAACCAGACCUGGUGACUUCGUUGUGGUGACCAACCAGUAUAGAGGGGAGACAAGCCUGUCAACUACAAACAGGACCAAAGUUGAGAAAAUUGAAACGCCAUUAACAAGAAGGCAAGUCAAGGUGGUUGGAUUGUCAGUUGACGGACCAACAGCAGACUUAUUGCUGGAAGAUGAUGACAUCCUGACUGUCAGCAGAAUUAUUGACAAAUGUUGUGCCUGCUGGCACAGACAUUGAGACGCUCUCAGCUGAUGGACCAAUUGCAAUGACAGUGGAGACAAAGGCAUCUGAAGUCGUCAAUAUUGAAAUGCUUAGUUAAUUUUUGAUACACUUUUUGGCCAUUUAAAGCUUUACAUGGCACUCAACCUGAACAUCGAUUUACCUUUCUUGUAACAGACUAUUGCAGUACAUGGCUUAACAUCAAAGAUCAUAUUUACUAAAUGUAAAUUAUAAGAUAUCAAAAUAUAAUAUAGAGAAAGAAAGAAAUCCAUUAUUGUGUUUUUACAUUAUUUUUUAUGAUUUUACAAACUUCUUUGAAUAAGAAAUAAAAUAAAGACAUUUAUAUAUCAUAAACAUCUACAUUUUUGUGUUGUAAAAGUAUGCAUUAAAUAACUUUUAAUGUUUGGUACUUUUUGACCCAUUAACAUUUAUUCACAUCGCCUGUUGUUUUGUUCUGUAGCUCUGUUUGUUCAUACAUGGCAAUGUCAAAGUUGGGUUUGCAUUACAAUAAUAGGACAAUGGUUCUAUAGUAAAUAUAAUAUCUGACCACCAUUAAUAAACCUGUAAUGACUUCUACACCUGUAUAAUUGUUUGGGUGCAUACCGUAAGUAGAGUACAAAGUUAUGUACCUUCACUUAGUUACCGUCACAAAAUACUGCCUUGCACAUAUUUAUAUCUUGUAUUAGUUAAACUAUGUAGCUUACAAAGUAUAUGAUGUUGGGAUAUGAAUAUAUGUACAAGAAUAUUAAGCCACAUUCAUUUGUUGUUAAAUGGUAUCUUGCAUGCUACCUUGUGUGGCUGCUCUGCUUGUCAUUACAGUAUUACAACAGCUUGUGUUUGCCAUAUCUCCAAUAGUAUUUAAGUCUAGGUCGCAAAACUUAACAAGAAUAUCAUCCCUAAUAUGUAGUUGUGCACAUGGGUUUUGGUUUAUCUUUAUGACUGUUUGUCUGUCUGUCAUAAGCAUAUAACUAAAUGUUAAAAUGUUGGCCAGCAUAUGUGUGUUACUUAUAUUAUGACCCUUGCUUUUGUGAGAAAUGUCUAAAUUUGGUGCAUAUGUGUCCAUACAUCUGUGUCCUAUGGACACAUAGGUAGUUGUUUUUUUCUUUGUUUAAACUGUACAUAUUUUCAACUGACAACAUAUGAUCUCUAUAGUUCAUUUCACUUAAAAGUGGUGCCUAGUGUUAAAGGUUUUCGACUUAGUUUCAACAUCUUAAACCAUUAAUAGUUCAUGCAUCCAUUCUAGUCAUCUUUAGUGUAUUUUAAAUACAUAUUAGCAUUAUUUAUGUUUGCUUGUUUUCUAUGACAAAGCUGUAUACAUUUGAACUUACAACACAUGAUCUCUUUUGUUUGUUUGAGUAAAAGUUGCGUUUUGUGUAAGAAGUUAUCAACACAGUUUAAUAAUCUUCAACCAUUAAUAGUUGAUGACACCAUCCUAGUAACCUCUUGUCCAUUUAAAUUUUUUAGGUUAAUGUUUGCAUUCUUUAUUAUUGUUAUAUUAUGUCAAAACUAUAUAUUUACAACUUACAACACAUGAUCUCUUUUAUGCAUGUUAGUGAAUGUUGUGUUUAGUAAGAAGUAAUCACCAUAGUUUCAUAACCUUUAACCAUUAAUAGUUGAUGAACACAAUCCUAGUCAUACCUUGUUCACAAUCCUAGUCAUGCCUUGUUCACAAUCCUAGUCAUGCCUUGUUCAUUUUGACUGAAUGUUUGCAUUGUUAUGCUUGAUUUUUAUGUUUAAACUGUAUAUAUUUGCAACUUUGUAAUUACAACUUAUAACACAUAAUAUCUUUAAUGGAUUUUAGUAAAACUGGUGUUUUUUGUAGUAUGUUACAACAUAGUUGCAUAAUGUUCUACCAUUCAUAGUUGAUAAACAAUGUUCCAGUCAUUUUCCUUCGUUUUAAGUAAAUGUUUGCAUUAUGUAUAAAAUUAUGCUUGUUAUUUUAUGACAAAACUGUAUAUAUUUGCAACUUACAACACAUGAUCUCUUUAGUGCAUUUUAGUAACCAUUGUGUUUUUUGUAAGAUUUUAUCAACAUAGUUUCAAAAUCUUGAUUCAUGACUACUUUAUGAACACAAGGCACACUAGUCACUCCUUUUUCAUUUCAAUGUCAGUUUAAGUAUUCUUAAUAUGUUUUUUUUUAUUUGCAAUUUAUACACAUGAUCUCAUCAUUAGAUCAACUAUUGAAAGAAUAAGGAGAUAUAUAGUACUUGCCGUGUUGUUGCUGUCAGUGUCGAGUCACACCUUUGUUUAGGUUUUGCAUGCAAGUACCAAUUACAUUAUAUAUCAAACUUUAUACUAGGAUUGCCAACCAUUACACCAAUUGAAAUGUGCAAGUAAGAGAACUCUAUCAUGUAUUUAAUGUAAAUUAUGGCCCUUUCAUUUUAUACUUAGAAAUUCUAGUUAAAAGUUUUGCAUGCAACUGCAAUAAAGUCCAAAUCUCUGUAGCCACUUGCAUUAUUACAUUAAAACUUCAUACUAGGCCUACCAACAAUCACACCAUUUGAAAUUUCCAUGUUAGAUAACUUUGUAAUGUAUAUACUGUGAAUUAUUGCCCAUCCAUCUUAUACUUUAUAAUUCAAAAGCUGUCGUUAUUUAUAUUCAUUAGAAAAUAAACAGUUGGUGUUCAGUUUUUGGGCUUUGUUAAUAUUCUAACCCAUACUACAUGUAUGUAUCCUUUUUCGUGUAUGAUCUGUUCUGCAUUGUGCUAAAUCUAUUUUGGUAUUUUAAAGGUAUAAGCAGUGUUCUGUAAAAAAAUGAUAUGUUUCAUUUUGCAUAUUAGCAAUAUAUUGUAUAUCACAUUGUUUCUUAUAUUCCGAAAAAAAAAGAUCCAAUAACAUGUGUUACAAGAACCUUUAAAAAUCAUGAAAUCCAACUUGAUACUUGUAUGUGUUUUAACUGAUGCAUGUUUCAUUGAACGUUCUGUUAACACUACAAUCUUAUUUAAUUCUAACAAGUAUACGAAAUUAUUACAACACAAUUAUUGUAAUAAAUGUAGAUUGUUUUUUGUCUGACCUGAAUGUCUGCCUUGCUAUACUUUUUAUUAAAUUCACAAAAGUUUAGUCUUACACAGAGUUUUGUUGCAACUUUAUUGUUUUAUCUCGUCUGUUUUGAUACUAUUUCUUUUAUCAGAAACUUUUGAUAUGUAUUUACAAAAACAAUGUUCAAACUGGCAAUAAAU